UUCUAUGAUCUAUAUUGCUUUUUAAAACCAUAUAUUUAUAUAUUUAUCUUUAUUUAAUAACGCACUGUGUUAAAUCUGCGUUUUCAAUCUUGAAAUACACAAACAGCACCGACUCGUCGUUGAGCCAGAGCAACAUGGACACGAAUGUUCAGAAGAGACGAGAAAACAAGAAGUCGUUACGGGUUAAGGUCAUCAGUCUGGGGAAUGCAGAAGUGGGGAAGAGUUGCAUUAUUAAACGGUACUGUGAGAAGCGAUUUGUGCCCAAGUAUCUGGCCACUAUUGGUAUAGAUUAUGGAGUAACCAAGGUUCAGGUUCGGGACAGGGAGAUAAAAGUCAACAUAUUUGAUAUGGCUGGACAUCCAUUCUUCUAUGAGGUACGUAAUGAGUUCUAUAAAGACUCUCAAGGGGUGAUUCUGGUCUAUGAUGUUGGUCUGAGGGAAAGUUUUGAUGCUCUGGAUAGCUGGCUUACAGAGAUGAAGCAGGAGAUGGGUUCACAGGCCAACAUGGAGAACAUCAUCUUCAUCGUAUGUGCCAACAAGGUUGACCUGACGAAAAGAAGAGUGGUAGAUGAGAGUGAGGGGAGACUUUGGGCUGAAAGCAGAGGGUUUCAUUACUUUGAGACUUCUGCCCAGAGCGGUGAAGGCAUCAAUGAAAUGUUUCAGGCCUUUUUCUCUUCCAUAACUGACAUGUGUGAGAAUGGAGGGAAGCGCCCCACUCCAGAGGGCAACGUAGGUUUUACCAAAGAGCAGGCUGACAUUAUCCGACGCAUUCGCAACAGCAAAGACAGCUGGGACAUGCUGGGAGUUAAACCUGGGGCCACAAGCAUAAACACUGGUGUGAAGGGCGGAACCAUUGUAAUGUGUCUGCCCGGAGUCAUUACACUGACGCACACGCCACAGCACCAGAGUCCUUCUGCCAAGGGAGGAAGUCAACAAGGCAUACAGGAAGUUGGCUGUACUGUUGCAUCCAGACAAAUGUGUGGCUCCAGGCAGCGAGGAUGCCUUUAAAGCAGUGGUUAAUGCUCGCACUUCCCUGCUCAAGAAUAUAAAGUAGGAACGUAUGCCCACGUGCACACACACAAACACCCUUUGGUGUCUAUUAAAAAUACAUAUGCCAUAAGACAAAAUCUUUUCUAUUAUCUUCAGUGUGCCAUGUGAAUAUUAUUCAUCGUUAUUUUAUUAAUAAAAUUUUAUUGUUUGCUAGGGUUAGGAUUAGUUUAUUUGUAGAUUUUUAUUUUUAUUUAUUAUAUAUUUAUUAUGUUUAUUAAAAGUGAAUUAAAAACUGUUGUAAGUUAGAACGCUGAGUGUGCUAUUAGAAUAUCUGAAGUACAGUUAACAUUGUGACAAAAUGUUUAUGCAUCAAAAAACAAAACUGAAAUUGAACCUUUGUUUUAAGUUCCCUUGUUUUACGUUGAUCAGCUUCACAUUGCCAUUAAUUUGGAGAGUUGCCUAGCAUUAGCAGAGUUGCCUUCUCAGUGAAAAUUAAACUUACGACACAUGGAGAAGUCUCUGGACUUCAACAAAGAUCCAGAUAUCGCUGAGUUUGAUAUAAAGCAAUGCACAGUUACCAGAGGAUCUUCCAGCUCCAGAUAAUGUAAUAUGCAUGCUUCUUUUUUAUUUUAUUUUAUAUAAGUUAAAAAGGCAACAUGAAUGAUGCUCAAAAGAAGUGCAUCUGUCUGGCCUUAGCCUAGAUCCAGUGCACAGUAACUAAACUGCACUCUUUGGGCAUGAGGCAUGAUGAUGACCUUUUUCUCCUUCCAACCAAUUCUGAGACAUCUGACUGUUGUGUUGUGUUUUUUUGCUCAGUCCCAUAGGAGUACAGAUGAAAGACCACUAAGGUACUGAUUUGCGAGUCAGACUUAGCAUUCUAAUACUGUCGUUUAAUCCCGACAUGCCUCUCAAGGACGCAGUGACAUACAGUGUAUGUGAUUCCCAGGUUCUUCUCCUCUUCACAUCAGCUCACUGCAAAGAGGAGGAAAAUACCUGGAAAGAAACUAUGUAACUUGUCCAAUACCUUUGUAUCACUGCAAUAAAUCACAGUAGAUUUGGAAGAAACCAGUGCUAUUUAGUUUGACCACCAGAUUCCACUCACUGGAGUGUCACCAGUCCAUGGUCAUUUAAAGAUAAUCGAAUUCCAGGAGACAAAGAAAAAUGAAUUAUACAUAAAUUAACCUGUUUAAGAAAAAAUGCUAAUGCAGUUUUGUUAAUUGCACUUGUACAUUAGUUAUUCAAUUUAGGUACAAUAUUUAAUUUGGAUAAUAAUGGAUUUAUGUAUUUAUAAUAAUGAAUUUAAAAUCAUCUUACCACUUUGGAAUUGUCACUUCUUUUUUUUUUUUUUUUUUUUUUUGGUCUUACAGCCUGAAAUCAAAACCCCCCAAAAAUUCCAGCUUUAUUUAAAAAUGUUGCCUUUAAAAAGGUGACAGUUCCAAAAAUGUAUAAAGAUGGAAAAACUAAUUACAGGGUUUGAAAAGUGAUCAUACCACUGGAUCUGAUACUUCGUAGAGCUAACAUUUGCUUUAAUGACUCAGUCUCCAAACCUAGAUUGGGAAAUAUUUGCCCAUUCAUCCUUGCAGAAUUGUUUGUGUUCAGUCAAAUUGCAGCCCAUCUGACAAUAGAGGAUUCUGAUGCCAUGGGGCAAAAGUUUUAUGGUCAGAUGAGACGAAAAUUGAAGGAUAGGAAGGUCAAAGUCCUUGAGUGGCCAAUUCAGAGCCCUGACCUAAAUCCAAUAGAAAACCUGGGGAUGGACUUGAAAUGAGCAAUCCAUCGCUGUUCACCCCGCAAUAUGACUGAACUCGAACAAUUCUGCCAAGAAGAAUGGGCAAAUAUUCCCCAAUCUAGGUGCAUAGAGCUAGUAGAGAAAUAUCCAAACAGACUUAUGGCUGUUAUUAAAGCAAAAGGUAGCUCUACAAAGUAUUAAAUCCAGAGGUAUGAUCGCUUUUUUGUUGUUCUAGUUUUUCACCUUAGAAUUUAAAUUAAGCUGGAUUUUUUUUUUCCGAUGGGUUUUGAUUUCAGGCUGCAAGACAAAAAAAAUAAAAAGUGCCUUUUCCAAAGGGGUAUGAUGAUUUUCUACAGGCGCUGUAGACUGUGGUUACUGUGCCAAGACUGCUAUAUUACAAUGUUUUAUGUAAGCGUACAGUUUCCUAGUUUUUAUAAAACACCUUUUGGUUUCACAAAGUGUUAAGCUAACAAAACCAUUAUGGACCCUUCUCACAGACCGUGAUGAGGCAUUACUUCCUUAUUUAGCAGCGUAAAUCUAGCAAACUUUUUAUAUGUUCAAUUGUUUAAUUAUUUAGUGUACAUUUAUAACAUUGUUAUAUUACAUUAUAUUAAUCAAGUAUUAAUUUAAAAAAAACUAGUCUGUAUGCUGCUGGGAUAGACUUUCAAAUAGGCCUAUUGAGGGAGUGCCAGUAAAUUUAACAUCUUUAUUCUAACUGUUUUAAUCCAUUUCUCUCUAUUUAUUUCUCUUUUGGAAACUAGUGGAAACAUAAUAGUGGAUUUUUCCUUUUGCUGUUGGAGCAAAUUGGAACUCAAAAAUAAUAUUUGCUGUUGUUUACCAUUUACCGCUAUAGGAGUUUACACUGCAGUUGUAUACUUACGUGUGUUCGAUACCCAGAAAUGUGAAAAGGGUCCAUUGAUAUUGGUGUUGUAGUUUAGUUUACACACAUUGUGAUAAAUUGAAUUUUGUAUAUAUUUUAUUAUUCUAAAGUGUAUGAAGCAUGAAUGGAACUCAGCAAAUCUGUCCUGUGAUCAUGUCUGAUCCUAGGAUACUGUAUGGAGAAAGGGUAUUUGUUUACACUAACAUUGGAAUACAUUAUUAAGAACAUUUGAACUGUUAUAUUAGCAGAAAUGCCCAACAACGCUGUGUGUAUGUGCCAACAUGCAUUUGACAAUAUUUUGUUUGGGUCUUGUAGAGUUUACUCCAUGAUGUGAGUGCGCAUGUGCAAUAUAAAUUAUAUUGUAAAUGUAAAUUAUUUAUAUUUUAAAAUAUUUAUGUAUAAAUACACAUUUUGUGAUCCUUAAUUUCCUUUGUUUCCUUUGAAGUACAUUUUAAAAAGCCGUUUAAGGGCAUAUGAUUAUGUGCUGCCUUGUUCACUUCUGUAUUUUGGACUAUGUAAUGUGUACCUAUUUACCCCAUUGUUUGACAGUUAUUUGACCCAUAAUGUGAAGAGGUUAUAUUCAGGGUUGGGCUGUAAUGGAGUACAUGUAACUGUGUUACGUAUUCAGAAUACAAAAAUGAAGUAACUGUAUUCAGCCCUUGUUACAUUUUCAAGCACAGUUGCUUUAUAACAUUUUUGUUCUUCUCUCAUAAUGACCACAAAGUAAGGCAGAUGUGAAAGGAAAAAAGUCUUGUCAAUCUAGUAAGAACCAGCCUUUUUCUAAGCACCGUACAUGUUAAAAAAAUCAUAGAAUCCUGAGUUGCGGUUUUGGGUAUAUAUAAAAAAGGGACAGUAGGCACUAGAUUAUGAAAAUGCAACAUCUUAUUCAUGUAUAAUGAUUCCAGUACUAAAUAUAUGGCAACCACACCUGCACUCCGCGCUAACAGCUGUGCACCAGUAUUAAUACAGCUGGCAAAUGUUUUUUUCACAAAUAUAGCAUUCGAGCUAAUGAUACAUUGUUUCCUGCGAUUUGUAAUUGCUGUGUAAAUACAUUUAUGCAGCUGUAGAUGUGGCUUCUGUGCCAAGCUUUGCGGUGUACAGGCUGACUUCUCUCGAUAAGCAUUUGGUGUGUCAUGUCCACAUCGGAAAUUGCAAAAUGAAGAUCUGUUGAGAAAUAACAGUUAUAAACAACAAUAAUAUGAACUGGUAAAAUAUGGGAGAAAGUACUGCAAAGACUGGAGAGAGAAGGGCUUGAAGUAGUUCAGAGGUGUUCCAAACGAAGACAGAAAAUCUGUAAAUUUAGUGGCUUACAGAUGCAUAGAUGGCUAAUUCAAGGGUGACACGUAUUUAAUAUUUAUAUCUCACUUAAAAAAAAAAAAAAAAAAUCUGAUACAAGGGUUUACAACAAUAAAAAAGUAAGAGUAAAAGAAUUAAAAGCACUCCCAAAAAAUAAAAAAUAAAUCAGUAAUAAUUUAUCAGUAAUAAAAGAGAUAGAAUAAAUAGGCCUAAAUAUGCAAGCAAGCCUAGUUAAAAUCAUUCAUAUACUACAUCGUUGUCACGUGACCUCACUAUUUUGUUUAAUUUCUGCAAGUGACAUCCAGUAAUCAUCUCAAAAAUAAGUAUGGUUUUGCAUUUCUUAUCUAAUUUUGUAUCAAAAUGUAUUCAUCUUUAUCAGUCCAAUUAAAUAAUAGGUUAGGAAGAAGAAUAAAAUGUUAAAAGUUGUUCAGAAUUACCUUUUUUUAAAAUUAUUUAUUUAAUUUAACUUUCACAAAAAAAACAAAAACAAAAAAAACCUGUUAGGUAGCUACAAUGUCACAACUUGGAGCAUUUGGGUCUUAAAGGUACAGGCAGCAUUUUCUUACAUGUUGGAAAGUGGACGAAAUAUUGACCACAAACUGCCUUUUUGUUGACCUCCAUCCUUCCAUAAAGAAAAACAUUAGUGUCCAACUUCACAUAGUAUAAUUAAAAGAAACGAACUAUUCCGAUUCACUUAGAUGUUAAAAGCGUGGGUGUAGCAGUACAGAUAAGAUAAUACUGACGUCACACAUAAUUCUUCCAGCUGUACCUUGCCUUUACAAAUAUGUAUUCUAAAAGUAUUCUGAAUACGUUACUUAUUUAUGUGAAUCGGAAUACAUUACUGAAUACAUUCAAAAGAGAGUAUUUAGUAUUCAUCCCAACCCUGAUUAUAUUUCACUUAAUGUUUCAUUAGCUACACUCAAUAUACGGAACAGCGGUUUUGAACUGGAUUGACUGGAUUAUUUUUGUAUUGUUUUUGCCUUUCAUUUUAUGACACUGAUGUGUAAAAAGAAAAAAUGUGUUGAAAGGCAUGAGCAAAGAUGCAUGAACAAACAUUGUGAUUAUACAGAACUCAAAGAUCAGGCCUGUUUACAUGAAUGUCAAGGCCUCUGCUCAAUGGGGAAAGUUUGUGGCUCUGUUUUAUGCACAGAAGCAUUGACCUUCUCCAUUCAGGUUAUAUACAGUACACUAAUAAAGGAACAUUCGCAAAUUA